UAUAAAAGGCUUGGUGUUGAUGUAGGCUUUCCUGUCUGUCUCACUAUCAGGCUGCUGCUACUCCUCUCUCCACCCUCCGCUCACAGAUGGCUGCUGUAAGAUUGCUCCUGUUUUUGCCUCUAGCAUCUGUUUCUGCAGCGCUACAGCUGGGUUUGCAGGUGAAGCUUGGAGCUGACGUCACUCUCCAGUGUCAGAUUAUCACAGAUGAAAGAAUCUCAGUGCUGAAGUGGAGCAGACCUGACCUGAACACAGACGGCUACGUCUACUUCUACAGGAACAAACGCUCCUAUGAAAACUACCAACAUUCAUCUUUUCAUGGCCGAGUGAAGCUGAGGGACCCGGAGAUGAAGGAUGGAGACGUUUCUGUGAUCCUGAAGAACGUCACAUUUAAUGACACUGGGAUUUAUGAGUGUCACGUAGCCGUAAGGAACCCUGUGAGAAGUAAAAGAGUUCACACUGAGAUCAGUCACUUCAUCAACGUCACAGUCACAGGUGAAACGCAUGAAAAUAUGCUGGAGAGACACAUCGUGGAGAGAGAAGAUGGAAGUGGAAACAUGUAUGACAUGCAACAGGCUGGAAAUCCGCCUGUCCUUAUGUUUGCUGGAGUGACUGCCAUCAUCAUCGCCAUCAUUGUUCUUCCUGCAUUUCUUUUGUUUGUGCUGCUCCUUAAAAUCAUAAGAAGCAAAAAACUAGCUGUGCAUCCUAAUCAGGAAGCUACUGGUCUGAAAUGUUAAAGUUUCUUUUUUUUAAAGAAACUUUAAACACUGAUAUUUACAUUCUUGCAACAUCAAUUCAUUUUAGUACAUUUUUCAAGUAAUCCAAACUAAAAGAAAUUCUCUGUUUCAGUUGAGCAAUUUUACAGUACUUAGAGGGGGAAAAAAAGAAAAAAAGAAAAAAGCACUCAACAAGUUGUCUGCAGAGAAGCCAUUUGUCUAGAUAACAUUAACCUUUAAAACUGUUUUUUUUUAUGCUAAAAAUAGGUUUAGACUUUGUUUGGAUCUUACAAAAAAAAGCAAUAAUGAAGUAAAGGAGAUUUUCCAUGAAACAGAAAUGACUGAUUCUGUGUCAGAAGUCAUCACCAAUGAUGAUCCAGACCUCAGGAUUAAAAAGGCACAGUUUUAAUGAUAAAAUGAUUUCUGAAGAUGUGCCGCUGGCCUUGAAGCUGAAAAGACUUUAACUCAGGAUACAUUUCAAGUUGCUGAGUUAAAUAGCAAACAUUUUUUAUUAAUGAAAACAACUGAGCUUUUAAAAUGUGUAGUUUGAGUUUCUCCUUUUCUUCUUUAACUACAUUUCCCAUAGUGAACAUCUGAGCUUCAGCCC